AAUCGCUUCCUUUACAACAUGCAGCUCAAUGACGAGCAGGUACAAGACAUCAUGGUUCGGUUCAAAGCUGAGAUGCAAAAGGGAUUGGUCUCCCCCGUCACUUCCACUUUGAAGAUGCUACCUACAUUUGUACGAUCAACUCCUGAUGGGACAGAAAAGGGAGAGUUUUUGGCGCUGGACAUAGGAGGCUCGGUAUUCCGUGUGUUAAGGGUCAAAGUGUCAGAAGAUGGGCGGCAGGUGGUGCGCACGACCAGCCAGGUCUAUCCCAUGUCUGAGGAUCUGAAAUUUGGCAACAGCCAACAGUUUUUUGACUACGUUGCUGAAUGCCUGGGAGAUUUCAUUAAGAAAGAGGAACUAAAGAAUAAAAAGCUUCCACUUGGCUUCACUUUUUCCUUUCCUUGCAGACAAAGCAAACUGGAUGAGGGUACUCUCAUUUCCUGGACUAAAGGAUUCUCUGUCAAUGGAGUACAAGGAGAAGAUGUCAUCAGCUUGUUACGCAAAGCAAUUGCAAAACAAGAGGAGUAUGAAGUGGAUGUGUUGGCUUUAGUGAAUGAUACCGUGGGAACCAUGAUGACCUGUGGAUUUGACGACCCGCUCUGUGAAGUUGGUGUUGUUAUUGGUACUGGUACCAAUGCCUGUUACAUGGAGGAGCUGAGACACAUCAACAUGGUGGAGGGCGAUGAAGGAAGGAUGUGCAUCAACACAGAAUGGGGAGCAUUUGGGGAUGAUGGCUCUAUGGACGACAUCCGGACUGUGUUUGAUAAGGAAGUAGAUGCUGGCUCCAUCAACCCAGGGAAACAGUUGUUUGAGAAAAUGAUUUCUGCAAUGUAUGUAGGAGAACUAGUGAGGAUUAUCCUGGUCAGAAUAGUUCGAAUCGGCAUGUUAUUCAAAGGGAAGACUUCAUCCAAACUUCUCACCAAAGGAGCCAUUAACAUCAGUGAUCUUGUUGCUAUAGAGAAUUAUAGCACAGGUCUGCAAAGUGCAAUGGAGGUACUGAAGAAUCUGGAACUUGAGGCUUCAGAAGAAGACGGAAUCGCUUUCAAACAAAUCUGCAAGGUUGUUUCAUUUCGUUCAGCCAAUCUUUGUGCAGCCACUCUGGCUGUUAUUCUACAACAUAUCAAGGACAAUAAGAAAAUGAAGCGACUCCGCACAACAGUGGGGAUAACUGGGACACUGUACAGAAACAGUGGGCAGUAUGCAAAAAGCUUUCACAAGCUGGUUCGAAACCUGCUCCCAGAGUGUGAAGUGCGAUUUGUUCUAUCCGAACAUGGCACAGGGAAAGGUGCAGCCAUGGUGACAGCCGUAGCCCAGAGGCUAGUUCAUCAGCGUAAAUAUGUCAACAAGAUCCUGGCACCAUUCAAACUCAGCCGAGAUCAACUGCUGGACAUCAUGAAAAACAUGAGAUAUGAGAUGGAACGUGGACUAAAAAAAGAGACUCAUAGCACUGCCACAGUAAAAAUGCUUCCCACCUUCGUUCAUAAAUUCCCAAAAGGAACAGAAAGUGGCAAGUUCAUCGCUGUUGAUUUGGGUGGCACUAACCUCCGUGUCCUGCUUGUUGUGUUGCAUGCUGGAGUUAGGCGAUCCGUUCGAAUGUACCACAAAAUGUUUCCCAUUCCUUUGGAAAUUAUGCAAGGGACAGGUGAAGAGCUGUUUGACCAUAUUGUGGAAUGCAUCCUUGACUUUCUGGAGUAUAUGGGAAUAAGAGGCACACGGCUGCCCUUAGGCUUCACAUUUUCUUUUCCCUGUGUACAAAAGCAAUUGGAUCAGGGCAUUCUCGUUAACUGGACCAAGGGCUUCAAGGCCAGUGGUGUGGAAGGAGAGGAUGUUGUCGCUCUACUGAAAGAAGCUAUUCAAAGAAAUGGAGAAGUGCAUUUGGAUAUCGUAGCAAUUCUGAAUGACACAGUGGGAGCAAUGAUGUCUUGUGCGUACGAGAACUCUAACUGUGAAAUUGGAAUGAUUGCAGGAACUGGCACCAACCUCUGCUAUAUGGAAGAAAUGAAGAACAUUGAAACAGUAAGAGGAAAUGAGAAGAGGAUGUGUAUCAACACUGAGUGGGGAGCGUUUGGUGAUAACGGGUGCUUAGAUAACAUUAGAACUACCUUUGACAAAUUGGUGGACUUCAAUUCAUUAAAUAUUGGAAAACAAAAAUAUGAGAAAAUGAUCAGCGGAAUGUAUCUGGGUGAGAUUGUGCGCACCAUACUGAUUAACUUCACAAAGCAAGGGUUUUUGUUCAGAGGCAUUGUCUCACACACUCUAACAACCAAAGACAUUUUUGAAACCAAAUAUUUGUCCCAGAUAGAGAGUGACCGCCUGGCUCUGCUCCAAGUCCGUGCAAUCCUUCAUCACCUUGGCCUGGACAGUACUUGUGACGACAGUAUCAUUGUUAAGGAGGUGUGUGGUGUUGUUUCCAAGAGAGCAGCCCAGCUCUGCGGUGCAGGAAUGGCUGCUGUUGUUGACAAAAUAAGGGAGAACCGGGGGUUGGAUCACCUGGAGAUUACUGUCGGUGUCGAUGGAACACUCUACAAGCUUCACCCACAUUUUUCCACAAUCUUGCAAGACACAGUGAAGGACCUUGCUCCAAAGUGUGACGUGACGUUUAUAAUUGCUGAGGAUGGCAGCGGGAAAGGCGCAGCCAUCAUUGUAGCAACAGCCAUACAGUCCAACUAGAAAGCCCAUCAAUAAAAAGAUAAACUGAAAUGUAAAUCAUUCCCACUUAUUGCAUAUGCU